AUGACGAAGAGGAAGGCAAGAGAGGCCUUCGUCGUCUCGGACCCCAAAAGGUCCAAGGUAGAGAUCCUGGAAGAUGCCGCUCCCAGCGACGACGAGUACGAUGACACUGCCAGCAACUCUGGGUCGACGGUGGACGCAGAGGUAGAGUCGGUGCAGACUGGCCAGACCUCCCUCACCACCCGCUCCCGCAAAUUCCCCUCGGACCUGAAGACGAUACCCUGCACCUACCCGGACUGCAACAAGACCUUCAACCGGCCGGCCCGCCUGGCUGCCCACCUCCGCUCUCACACGGACGACCGUCCCUUCAAGUGUACCUACCCCGGCUGCGACAAGGACUACCGCGAGGAGAAGCACCUGCGCCAGCACGUCAAGGGCUCCCACACCCAAGAGCGCAGCUACACCUGCAGCCAUGAUGGCUGCGGCAAGUCCUUCCUCACGGCGACCCGCCUGCGCCGCCAUCAGGACGUUCACGCCGGCCAGGAGCGCUUUCGGUGCCGUGACUUCCCUCCCUGCAACCAGAGCUUCCGCAAGCACAACACCCUCCAGCGCCACAUCCGCUCCGAGCACCUCGGCGCCCAUGCCUACCCAUGCACGGCGCCCGGCUGCGGCGCGGGCUUCGACUCUCAAGGCGCGCUGCGGAACCACACACGGCGCGAACACAGCGAGCCUCAGUUCUGGUGCGAGGAGUGUGGCGGCGACAAUGGCGAGGUCAGGGUUGGCUUCACAACACUCGCGCUGCUGCAGGCGCACAUCCGCAAGGAGCACCUGAACUGCAUCUUCUGCGAAUUUAAGUGCACGGGGCAGUGGGAGCUGGAGCGACACGUCGAGAUGCGUCACUCGGGCAUCCCCGUCGAUGCGCGCAAGACCAUUCCCUGUACCUGGGAGGGCUGCGACAAGAGGUUCACCAAGAAGCACAACCUCACCGUGCACAUCCGCACGGCGCACGAGGGCUUCCGCUUCGUCUGCGGCGAGGUCGACGUCAAAGGAUCCCCGGAUCUUGACAGCUGGUCCAACGAGGAGGGCUGUGGCGGCGGCUUCGUCACCAAGGCCAACCUCGAGGACCACAUCCGCUACGUCCACCUGGGCCUUGAGCGCCCGGUGCCGAACCAGAAGGCCCCCAACAUCCUCGACGACAUCGCCGGCACGAAGCGAACCGUCCUCUGUAUCAUGCCGGGAUGCACGGCGCGCUUCAUCCGCCACCACGAUCUCCAAGUUCACCUCGAGCACCACCCCCCGCCCUCCCCGACCGCUCCGCGUAUGGACCAGAUCGAGGCCGCCCUCCUCAGCCUAGCAGAAGACCCUGCCGACAACAGCACGCCCUUUGGCGAAGACCGCGAGAUGCCGGAGCUACCCUUGUACGGCAUUAUCCCCGGCGUGACAGACUUUGUCGGCGGCGGCGACAUCCCCGGCCCGAACGACGACUUCUGGAUCGGUGCGGCCGACGAAUUUGGCACGCCGCCGCAGGCGUGGCAGGAGGAGGAGGCGGCCAUGCGCGCACUCAUCGACGAGGACUUCUCACAGUUCGUUGACCCGGCGCUCGGAAGCACAGCUUAA